CAUAACAGAUAAAAGGUUAUUGAAUGUUCAAAUAUCUCAGGUCUCAUGCGAGUAUCGCAUUUCAAUAAACCCAGGUAGCGUUUUCUGAAAUCGUAUUGACCCGUUAGAUAUGAUGUUCUUUUCCGAAAAGAAAAAAAAACAAACACACAACGUGGAAUACAACUUCACGUGCAACAAACAUUUUGAGGGUAAAUAAAAUGGAUUUAUAAAUCGGUAUUAGACAAUACAAAAAGAUAACCAGAAGGAAACAUGGAAACGACAACAGUAGAGCCGUUGUUACAAUUUUGUUACGACAAUGUCUUUGAAACCAAUAUAUCAGUAGAUUACAUCCACUGGUUCUUAAUUCCAGCCGUUGCCAUCAUGCUGCUAUUGUGUUUUAUGGAGAAGAGAAAGACAUUCAAACCCAACAUAAUGGGAGGCCGUCCCGCUGUUGUACGGCCACUCGGAUUUCUAGACGAGCCUGCUAACCGCUGGGGCGUUAUGUUUGUAUUUGGCUCUGUGACUGGGAAUGUUAUACAAAUAGCACAGAAAGCGGUCUCUGAUGAGCUAAACUGGCCGAUUUGGGCAAGAAUUUUUAUGGUAUACAUUUUAUGUCUGGAGACUAGUGUUGUAUGUUACCCCUUAUUUGCCUGUAUGACGACUCGUCAUAAAUUGGUUGGAGCUAUAGCGGGACUUCUUUACUCUCUAGGAUGGUUUACAUUAGAGAUGGUUCGAAAUGUCGCUAUUGGAAUUUGUUUUGUGAAGUAUGUAGACCCCCAAAGGGACAUGAAGAUGUCGGCACAUAUUCUGAUACAAGAAAUGCCCGUGACAAUUUGUAAUUUUCUAGUAGUGUUGAAGUUUUGUUGGAAACUUUACAAAUGUUUAAGGAAAGGAAUUUACAAAAUAAGCCACGAGGUAGCUACAGAACACGUGAAACUAUGUAAAUCAUAUCACCUGACAUACGUAAAACAUCUUCUGAACAAACGAUCCUUGGACAAUACUAACGAAACCUUGACAUGGAAGCAAAAGAUACAUCGGAAGAUUAUACGACCUGUGCCAGGAUUCAGAUUCCCCAUUUCCAUCACGAUAACAUCAUUUAUGUCUGGUGUGCUACUGUACAUGGUUGGUUUGUACUGUGCUAUGUUUAUGGAAAUCCAGUCAAAAACGUACUUCAUUGACUUUGUAGAUCUUAUAAGAGCUGCCAAUGUUAUUGCUACCAUGAUUACGUUGCUUUGUGGUAUAAGAAAUAUCUACAUUUUACUUAUGAACUACAGGCGAGACAUGCUCCUGUUGUUUAAGGGUGACAAGAGCUUCAUUCCAAAUACGGUACAAACACCUUCACCGAAUGUUUACAUGGCACAAGGGAUGCGUUUUAUUGGAACAUCAAUAACGGGAAUGUUUUGGGGAACAGUGUUUUGCUAUUUGCUUGUGUUUGUUCCAUUAGCGUUGAUGUUUAUGAUUAUCAAGAUCCUAAACUUGAGGAAGGAACUUGACGAGAUGUGGAAACAGUUCCAGUGGCUAAUAUAUCCGAUUUGUAUGGUCAUCAUAUUCAAAGUACAGACUUUCUUGAUUGGUCGAUAUUUCAUUCAGCCGAAAAUAAAUGCUGAGGACAAAUACAGGCCGCUAGCUGUAGAUAACAGGAAUAUUUACGAUGUAUUUAGCUUCUUCACUAUUUUCCUUAAUGCGAGUAUCGGACUCUUUACCUUCCUUAAGCGUAUUUUGCUUGGUGCAUUUUUGGGCGUGUUUAUGAUUCCUAGGAUGGACAGAAGCCUGCUAAUGCGAGGAUAUGAAGCUAUGGAUAAAUGUUAUGUAAACUACAUCGGAAUGAUAAUGGUUGAUGUGGCACACAAUCACCCUGUGAUGCGCGUGUUUUGUUUCCUCGUGAAAUCUAAUUUGGAAAAUAGAAGAGAUAGAAAACCUCUAAGAUAUGCAGUCGAGAACGCUGUUUAUGGCAAUUUAAGCUUCUCAAAUCACAUUCCAAUUGAAACAGGAAACAGCAUUGCCAAGAGAAGAUGGUGGCUUGCAUUGACAUUAAUCCGGAAUCCGUCACUCGUGGCUUUGCGAGUUCGGGAAAGUAAAAGAGAAGAAUCCCGACACAGAACAACGCUGAGUCUGACGGACAUUAAAUGCGAUGACAAAACAGCUAUUGUUGACCAGGAAAAUUCGGCAGACGCUUGGGGAUUUUCUAUAAGAUGUUGCAGAAAUUACAAGUUUGAGAUUCCUUCAAAUAUUCUCAUCAAUUUGAUGGCUUUGAUUGUAUUAUUAUCAGUGCUCGUCAUUUAUACUGGGUUUCCAAUUUUGUUAAGAAGUUUGAUGGAGGAGGCAGAAGCGCUUGCUCAGGCAACUUAAUGUACUUUAUAUAUUGUUGUUUCAACAUGACAUGCUCGUACAUUGUAUUACUAAAACUACGAGACGAAUUAUAGAUGAUGUUUAUAAUAUUAAUAAUGUUCAUGAUAUAAGUUUGUUUGGAGUAUUUAAUUACCUGUUAUAAUACGAUAUAUAAUAAGAUAACUUAUAUACUUAUAUGUACUCAUAACCUUGUAUGCUGUGCCUAUACAUUUCCUUUUAUAAAAAUUCGAUUGGAUUUAUACACAUUGUAUAUAGCUAUUAUAUUUUAGUAUUAAUACUUUCAUGGGGUAGGAACUUUUUUACAAGGAAUGCAUCGGAUGACUUGCCAUUUCUUUAUCUAAUACAUGUUUUGAAUUUCUUUUUUUUUGAUGUUUUACCGAACAGCUGAUAUAAUAGUUUUUUUUCUGUAUCUUCACAGGGAAGACAAUAAGCUGUUAAUUUAAUGAGUUAUGAUGAAGGUUGUUGAAAAAUG